AUGCUGGUCCAACUACCUGCCGCUUGCACUACAAUCAUGAAUAAGAAUACCCCCUUACACGUUUCAUCUGUCAGCGCCCAGGUUCGGUGUGUCUCUGUUGCUGCUGUUACCCUACUGCUGGGUCAAGCGCAAGCUCCGGCGGUGACGUUGGAAUUGUGGUCGACGACGGACGACUUUUUGCAGCCGCUGUUUUAUUUGAUCAAGGGAAUUGUUCGACGCCUCGACAAGAAAUUGGUCGUCUUUUCGCCCCGUUAUUUGUUGGUCGAUGGCCGGGAUGUGGGAUGCCGCGGCGUGGAAGACGAAAAUUCGGAAUGUCGACAAAACUGUACCAAUCACGGACGUUACUGUGCCGCUCCGACGAGACCUGACGAUCCCUCGUUGGCGGCGCGCAUCAGUGGAGCGGAUAUCGUCGAAGAGACACUGCGGAGAUUGUGUGUCUGGGUCGUCUAUGGCAAGACAGGAGGACGCAAUCAACUUCAUUUCUGGAAUUACAUUAGCGACAGUGGCUUUUCCCAGUGCCAAGAAGACAGCAAUAAACCCUUUGGCAAGAACUGCACCUACUCCAUUAUGAAUCGCCUCGGCAUUGGCACACAUUUCAUUGAACGCUGCAUGAAUCACACUCACGGAUUGGAAGCGGAUGUGGACAAUCCCUACUUGGACGAACAACUGGCGGGUGGCAAACCAUUGACGGUUCAACGUAUUCCCGUACUCAAAAUCAACGAAUUCUGGUAUUCCGAAGCGGGCGCUCCCAGUACGGGACGUAUCUUUCGGGCCAUUUGUGCCAAUUUUCCUAAAGACGAACAACCAGUGGCGUGCGACUUUUGCAAAGACUGUACGGAUGUCCGGUACUGUCUCUGGUUUUUGCAAUGCGAUGGAACUACCUUUGCCGAAUAUGCCGCCAGUACGUUGGUCGGAUUUCCAACGCAACAAAACAAUCCCCAAGAUGGAAACCUAUCCCGAUCAAAUUUAAAGUCAAUACUUACUCCGAUCCACCAUCGACGCAAAGCUACCAGCAACAUGCCCGGUCCCUACAAGCUUGCUACGAACCACAAACCACGAGAACAUCACAAAAGAAAAUGCGAUAGCACCGACCACAAGGAGCGCAGCCAAGGAGAAACAGGGAAUUCUCGUAAUGGACCCUUGGCCAUGAGUGUCCUCAUUAACGUUUAUUUCGCUUGUCGCGAUUGGCAGGCACAACUCGUUUGGAAAGAAAUUCUCAAAGAGAGGGUGUCCACAAGAUGCCACCAAGAAAUCAACUCAAAAAGAUGA